UCUGGGAUCAGCUCAACUAUUUUGAUUUUCGUCACCCUGACACUCUUACGGCUUCUAUAAAGAGAUUCGGUAUAAUUUCUCACAUGUUUAAAAUAAUGUGUUGGAUUAUCGGAAUAUUGAGUCGCUGCCUAUAUAUCGAGGAAAUAUUUUAAUCAUUAAGUUGGCAAACUUAGGCCACACCUAGAUCUUGCCCUAUUUCCACAAAAAAGAGCAGGAUUUUUUUUGCUCUCUCGCUCUCCCUCGCUCUCUUUCUGUGGUGCGUUUGUUUGUGUGACGGCGAGUCCCGGCGGUGUAACCGGAGAGGGGCCUCACACAGAGGGAAUGCAGGACUGCAAUGGAGCACAAUGCAAUACAGUGGUUGGGUGCUCCUUCCUGCCAGAGAGGCAGCUACGCCUUCUACAAGUCGGUCAGCAGCAAGGCUCGACCCGACGGCCCGGUCCAUGUGUGGAAGCUUGGCGAGUUUUACUUCAUUCGCUGCGGGCCACAGGAUCCUGUAUGCAUCGCUGAGGUGACCUUAUUAUGGGAAGACCAGACACAGCACCACCUCCUGGCCAGCGCUAGACUCUACUUUCUGCCUGAAGACACCCCAAAGGGUCGAACCAGGGAACAUGGAGAGGAUGAGGUUCUGGCAGUGUCCCGAAAGGUGGUGGUACGUGUGGAGGAUCUGGUGCAGUGGUCAUGUGCAGAGCCAGCAGGCUGGAGCAGCAGGUCAAAAAUGUCUCCCUGCGUCCUUAAUGGGCUCCACAAACCACCACAGAGCAGCGACGAUGGCGGCGGCAACAAAACAUCGGACUGCAAGCCUCUGAAGGACAAGACCGAGAAUGGGGUAGCGGACUCUCAGUGUGUCAAAGUACUCAGCUACCCGCAGUACUGCCGCUUCCGCUCCCUGCAGAGGCGCAUCCAGGAUGGUGCAAGGGGACCAGCACUACAGGAUGCCCAUCUGUUGGCUCUGGGUGGCGUCAGGGUAACACCCACAACCCACUUGAUGUACUGCAGAGACACUUUCAAUCACCCGACGCUGGAAAACAGCAUCAGCUUUUCCUGGCAGUUCCGGUGUCCAUCCCUCAGUCUCAGAGGGCGGCCUCGCAAGAGGAGAGGCCGUGAUGGCAAAGACACUUCAAGCACCAGUCAGUCGGAAUCUUGGAUUGAGCGGAUGAAGGAGAACGUGAUGGGUAGUGUGGAGGUGGGCGGUGAGGACAGUUGGCUCCCCCACCCCGAAGAGCAGCUGUUCCUGGAUCAGCUCUUCUCCUUCAUGGAUCGCCAAGGCUCGCCCAUCCACAAAGUGCCCAACCUCGGCUUCAAGAAGAUUGACCUCUUCCUCAUGUAUUCGGUGGUCAGACGACUCGGAGGCUACGAAAAGGUGACAUCAGACCGCUUGUGGAAAGUCGUUUACAACGAGUUGGGAGGAUGUCCCGGCAGCACCAGCGCUGCAACCUGCACCAGGAGACACUACGAGAGACUGAUGCUCCCUUACGAAGAGCACCUCAGAACAGGAGGCACGGAACUCAAAAUCCCAGAAUCCUCCCUGCCCGUGAAGCCCAGAGGGAUCAGAGGGAGGAAGCCACUUCCACGGGGCAGAAAACCUGGACCCAAAGUGAAAGAGAAGAUGGCCGUCACUCCGCCUCCUGGGACUCAGGUGACUAACUUGGAUGGCACGGUGGUAGUGAAAAGAGGUCGAGGCAGACCACCAGGCAAACGCAACAAAGCCACACUAAUUGCUCAGGCGAAAGUGCUGGCUCAGCAGCAAGCAAAAGUGUCAAGUGUCGAGUCUCCGAAAUCACUCCUUCCCACCCGAAUCGGCAGCAAUGGAGUGAUACCCAGCAGCGCACACCAGGUGACGCCACCUAUUUUCUGUCCCUCCCCGCAGACCAUCCAGCCAGCCAUCCUCCCUGUCAACAUGCCCCUCACCCCAGAUCUCUCCCCCAUGUCGACCCACUUCCUCCCCUUUCAGCCCAAGCCAAAAGACACGAAGGAUCGAGGGGAGUCUGCAGCUUUGCCCCCGGGCAUUCUCCUCUCAGCCCUGCCUCGCCACUUUGUGGGUGGAUCUCUAGGUGGCUUCAGCCCCAUCAAAGGUCUGUGUCCCCUGGAUGUGCUCAGGAACUGUGUGGGCUUCCAGAGAGUCCCCGAGAGCCCAGCCCUGACACCUCAAGAGCCAAUUCAGCAACACACCACUAUAUACACCCCCCAGCCCAAACAUGGAAGCCCAGAUAGCCGCCGCUCAAACGUAGAGCAGGUGCCGCCUUCACCCCAUCCACUUCCGCAGCACCACAGUCUGCUCUCAGGUCGCAAUGUGGACGAGGACACCCAGAGAGGAGCCAUCCGGGAUGCUAGGAAUCGUCACUCUCUGCCCCCGCUGCGGGUCCUGCCUUUGGAUCUAGACUGCAGUGUUCAGGUACGCCAGCUGAUGAGAACUCGUCUGGGCUCAACUCAGUUCCAGACUUUCACCCGCCGACUUUCUGAGGCGCUGUCCCAAGAUCUGAGUGCCAAGCCCCCCUGCUCACCCAUCACCCCUCCUCCAGAACAAGCCCUGCCCCUCAACCUCAGCAAGCGCUUUAUAAAUAAAAGACCCAGCACAGACGCAUCUGAGCCAAGUCUCUCCACAACUAACGUAACCACAGAUGAGCCGUCACCUAAGAAAGUAAAACCUGACUGCUCAGAGCAAGCGGAAGACUUCAGCCUGAGCGGGCGGUCCACCUCGGAGGCCCCAGGAGUGGAAGUCCAGGAGGUGGGACUCAAGAGCCAAGACGAACCAGCUGACCUGAGCUCCCCUAGCAGGAUCAGGGCCUUCCUGCUCGGACUGCCGCCCUUCCAAGUGAAGCUGGACGAGGAUCUGAACGGGAUGAGGUUUGGGAAAGUCCUUCCUUCGGGAUCUGAGGUGGAAAACCAGAGGACUGUUACCGAGGGAGGACAGAUUAAGAAAGAAGUUGAAGUGGAGGCAACAGAGAGAACCAACCCGACGUUGGAGUCUCUGCCGAAACAGGUAGAAUUUGUCAAAAAUGAAAAUAUUGAGAUGAUGAAAGAGGAUCUGAAGGAGGAAGGGAACACCUCAGUCGACAAAAUGGAGGAUUUAUGUGGUCAGACAAUAGCCAGUAUGGAAAAGAUCCAGUGCGACGUGGACACCUCCAAGGGCCACCCAAGCCCUGUUCUGCCCCAGGCUAACGCUCUGGUCCUGGCCCAGCAGAGCUGAAGAGCCCACACUCAAAACACUGAUCCAUAUUUUGGCUUUUAAGCAUCCCUGUUGGGACCGUAGUCAAAGAAGUCAAAAGUCCACCAGGGGGCGCUUUGGUUUCAGUCAGAGGCUGGGCAUCUUUUCCUUUGGAACAUCUGAGCUCACAGCUACUUUUUUUUUGUCCGUUCUUCUUUUUGUGUGUUUUGUUAACUGAGUCUUUAAUGACACACAGAGACAAUCCCAAAUCAGUUUUGUUAUUUUGGUUAGUUUCCAGUGAAACAAGAGUGAGACUCUUUUGGGAGGGGGGGGAAACAAAACGCUGCCAUGACCCCCCUCCUUUCAACUCCAUUAUUCAAAUGACAAAUUGAAUAAGAUCCAACAUUAAAGAUAAAUCUAUUGCAUAUAUGGGUGAUGCUAUGCAUCAAGACGUCAUAAUAAGCAUCUGUACUGUAGUUCGGUAGCUUACUUUGAACUCGUACUCUACGUUUGUAGAGAAAUAGUUAUUUUCUCUGUGUCGUUCGGAGCUGCAAGUGAAACAUUACGGCUCGUCACGUGAAAGUGCUCCUGUAGGUCCGCCUGUCAGCUAGACGUUAUACUCUUAUUAGCUCGCUUUUCUGACACACACGUGCCUUAAAUGGCCUGCGGUCAUCGCUGGCUUCGCUUCACUUAAAGAGAUGCCUUGAUGUUGACCUGACUUCACUACUCCACGCUGAUGAAACCUUUUUAAAAUGUGCAUGAGAAAUUGGCUGGGAAAUGUAUUAAAACGACACCACCAAAGAAACACUAAUACCAAUGUGGUAAACUCCUAAAUGUCAAGGUAUCCCUUUAAUGGCUGCCUUCCCCCCCUCCUCCGCGCUUUUUGAAAUCAUCUCUUUAGUGUUCAAAUUUGCACACCUGCUGUUUUCCAUAUUUAUAUGCUUGUCAUGUUUUUGUUUUUGAUUCAAAGUAGUGCAAGUAACUACUUCUACUGCGACUACAUCAUUCAUUAUCUGGUGCUCUUUCUCUGUUAUGUAGCGGUUGCUAGAGUGUUUUGAUUAAUGGAAAAACUGCAAAUAACUCCACCAAGUCAUGCAAUCUUUUGAACCUUGUGAGGGGAAUGCCACACAUUUCUCUCAUUGUUGUUGCAUGACUCCUUAAUGAACACUUUGCAGCUGUUUUUUUGUUUGUUUUGGUUUCUUUUGUGCUGCACGCGUAGAUUCGCCAAAGCAAAUGUAAUCUACCACACUCAAACCUCCACAAACACUACAAACUAGAACACACAAAUGGUUUGUUCUGGCUUCCUCCUUCACCGGGGGAACUGAAGAUGGUAAAAUACUUCCUGUUCGUGUGAUUAAUCCUUGAAUCAUCAUAUUUUUUAUCUUUGCAGUAAUGUUUUAUAUACAGUAUAUAUAUAAUAUAAAAAUAUAUCACACAGCAAGUCUGAACAUUUUACAUCAGGAUAAAUAUAUUGUAAAGCAAUUAAAUCUGUCAUUUAAGCUUUAUUUAUUAAGGUAGAGGAGUUCAGGCUGCACAUUGCUUUUUAACACUUUUCCUACUACACCUUUUGUCAUUUGUUUCAUAUUCAUGAUUGUACAAAUGUAUCCAAAAAUCAUCUUUCAUUGCUACAUCAGUUUGCGAUGGUUCCAGUCUUUAUUUUUUGUUGAUAUGGGAUCACAUUGUCCAAUUGUUAAAUAGGCUUUUUUUGGCCUUUUCAGAAACAUGACAGCCUCUUUAAUGCCUGCCACAUUCUCAUCAAUUGCCUUUUUUUUGCCUCCGGUAGAACAAGUUUUCAAUUCUAGAACUGGUAUUUUUGCAUUUGCCAUUACCGCCCAUCAUACUUUGUGUUCUGUCUCAAGUUACAACUCUUGCCUUCAGUUGAGGUCCAAUGUGUGCCAGUUAUUUUUUGGUUUUCGUGCAUGUUUUGUUUUUUUUUAUGUGGAACAAUACGCCACUGAGGCUGAACGUCUGCUGGGUCAUUUAAAUGGAAAAAAAAUAACAUAGAGGAGGAGGAGAGCGUUUGUAGUUUAGAAGCAUGUUCAGUCUUUUUGUUCCCUCUUGGAUUAUUUAAGCCUAGGUAUGAUUUUGUUUUGUUUUUUUCUUAAAUAUUUCAAUGUUUACAUUUUGUUUAUGCAUGUUCAGAGUUGUUAUAUCCAGUGUUUUUGCACACUACAGCAUCCAUCGAUCUUGAACGGCACUGCCCAAUUGGUGUGAAAGUACUUAACAUGAAGUGCCUGAUGCUUUAGGAGCAAACUUUGGCCAUUCGGACGUUUUGAAACGAGCUUGCUUGAUCACCUUCACGCCAUUGACUUGAACAACCUGUGAUGUUUUCGUGGCAAAGCCAGGCUGAGGCUGCAGCCAAACCGGACCUUCAGCACUCAUCCACAGGGAACCGUGGUGGCCAUUUUGGGGCGCUAGCGUGACGUGAGUGACAUUUGCGGGAUUAAAGGUGCUGCAUGUCGUGUUUUAAGAUUGUCCUCUCACUGUAGUGGUUAUGUAAGUUAGCUCAGAGUUUGUUGGAAAGGUGUGAAGGUGUUGUUAUGCGGGGAUGGCCUGCAUUUUUCAGCCUUUGUCUCAGUUCUGUGUGAAUGGUAGGACGGCGUUACCUUGGAUUUAGUGAAAAAGGAAAGGCGCCACCUGUAUGGAAUAGUAUGCCAAUGUCGGGAUUGGUUGUAAAGUUGGGUUCUGUGUCAAAUGCACUGCCGACAUUGUGUGGGAAAAAAAACUCGAGUGGUCCUGGCAAUUUUCCAUCUUCGGUGGUGGUAACCCAUGCGUAUCCUGGGUGUACACGUUUGACACAUUUCACUCUCACUAAUGUGGUGUUACUGUAAAAUGUAACAUAACAUUAUGAGGUAUGACAGAUGGGAUGCCGCCUCUGUGAAAGGAUAUGCCAGUUAUAUCAUAACGUGAAAGACUUGUUCUGUAUAAAAGGUACAGGCAGACAAAUGCCCGAUCUCUUGUUCAACUGUUUUGUUUCUGAAGGAGUCUGCGUGAAAGGGGCUAUUAUGUCCGCCGAAGAGUACUUUCAUUGUCGUUCCACCGGAGGCCGCUGUCAAUAACGCUGGUGACGUCUCAGCUGUGUUAGAGAACUGAUGUUAAAAUGGCUGAAUUUUCAGAUGUGGAAGUGGUUGCGUAAGAAGGGAAUGUAAGGGUGACUCGAGGCCAAACGCAGAAGAUUUCAUGGGAAGUGUUUUCAUUGCAUGAUCUUACAAAUCGAAUAAAUCGACAUGCAGCAACUUUAAGAGUACCGACAAAACGUCUACGUUACAUCAUCAUCCUCUGACCUCACUGUUAUCACAUGACACCAAAUUACAGAUCAAACAUGAUGGCAUCUUCUCGGAGUGCACAUCAUCUUUUAACAUCCUGAAUGCCGCUGUGGCGUUGUCAUAUACUGUGUACACACAUACUAUGUGUGUGUGUGUGUGUGUGUGUAUAUAUGUAUGUAUGUGUGUGCACACAUACAUAUAUAUACCGUAUGUUUAUAUAUACAGUUUCUAAAUUUAUCUAUAUACAGUGUGUGCGCAUACUGUAUAUAUGUAUGUACAUAUACAUAUAUACACUAUAUAAUAUUUUUUCAGAAUUUGUGUGAUUAGAUGAUUGCAGAUGUGCAGCACAAAACCGGUUUUCAUUUUUAUUUUUUUCCUAAAAACGUUAAAAGGAUGGCAGUGUCAGGUACCAUUCCAUUUGAACACACUGUAUAUUUAUAAUAAAAGUAUUCUCAUAAUAAGGUGUCUUUUGUGGGCAUUUAUUUUAACAUCAAUUGCAUCUUUUUUUAUAUACCUGAUAAUUUGUAAAUUUAAAAAAAAAAGCACAUUGACGAGACAAACCUGUGAAUCGCUGAAAUGUACAGUAAACUAGUGUGUAUAUAUAACACAUA